AUGGUUUGUGCUCGCGAUUGGCCUAAACCGGUUGUUAGAGUGCAAUCGUUAUCUAAAAGCGGGAAACCAGUAAUUCCCGACAGAUACAUCAAGCCACCACCGGAUCAACCCGUUUUUAACUCAUCUUCAUCCGACGACAUAAACAUACCUGUUAUCGACCUCGACGGACUGACCAACGAUGAUCUCACCCUCUGGGAAUCUACUUUUAAUGAAAUAUCGGCAACGUGCCUUGAGCGGGGGUCCUUCCAGGUGAUCAAUCAUGGCUUGAAGACAGAACUCGUCGACGGAGUUCGGGAUAUUUGGCGGGAGUUCUUUCAUGAACUGAUGGACGUGAAGCAACAAUAUGCUAAUUCACCCCAAACGUAUGAAGGUUAUGGAAGCAGAUUAGGACUUGAAAAAGGGGCAAUACUUGAUUGGAGCAAUUAUUAUUUCCAUCACUAUCUUCCUCCUCCUCUAAAGGAUCACAACUGA